UACACAAACGUAAUCGCUCUCGGUAAGACACUGACACUGACAGGACGGUUGUGAAACCCGACCCGUACGCGCUUAAUAAGAAUGAGAAACGGGCUCAGGCACAGCCUUUAAAUAACCAUUAUACAACCGCAUUCACAACCAGAGGAAACGGCGACAGUGUUGAAACUUUGCGCACCGCUAUGAGUUCGAGUAUUAAUACUCAAUGUUCUCCGGGACUCAAACGAGUGGCUAUAUUCGGGGGCACGCAUGGGAACGAGAUGUCCGGCAUUACGUUGGUAAAUAUGUGGAUGAAGAACGCGGCUGAGAUAGAAAGAAACGGGCUGGUGACGAAGCCCUUCAUAACAAAUCCAAGAGCUGUGGAGAAAUGUACACGGUAUAUCGAUACGGACCUGAACCGAGCCUUCACUCUUGCGAAUAUCAGUGCUCCAGAUGUAGAAGGGAUGCCAUAUGAAGUCCAGAGGGCCCGAGAAAUCAAUCGAAUGUUUGGACCCAAGGGAACCCAGGAUGCGUACGAUGUCAUCUUUGACCUUCACAACACCACCUCAAACAUGGGCUCCACUCUCAUUCUGGAAAGCUCACAAGAUCUCUUUAAUCUUCAGAUGGUGCAUUACAUCAAAAAAGCCAUGGCUCCACACACCUGCUCAGUGCUGUUAAAUGAGCACCCACAGCUGAAAUAUUCAACGACACGUUCUGUGGCCAAACACCCCAUUGGUGUUGAGGUGGGCCCACAGCCGCAAGGGGUUUUACGGAGUAAUGUGUUCGAGUCCAUGCGGACAAUACUGAAGCAUGCGCUGGACUUCAUUGAGCUCUUCAAUAGUGGUGUGGAGUUUCUUCCGUGUACAGUGGAAGUGUUUAGAGCUCAGGAGAGAAUGGAUUACCCUCGAGACACCAAUGGCAACAUAACAGCCAUGGUGCACCCUCAUCUACAGGAUUGUGACUGGGAACCUUUGAGCCGGGGUGACCCUAUGUUCCUAACUUUCGACGGGAGAACAAUCCCUUAUGAAGGUGCCAGCACAGUGUACCCCACGUUCAUUAAUGAAGCCGCGUAUUAUGAGAAACAGCAAGCGUUUAUGACCACAUGUAGAGAAAAACUAACUGGUAAUGCUCUCAGAAAAGCAUAGUGUCAAAACAAGUCUCGUCUUUUAAAGUAAUGGUUCACAUUAUAAUGAAAAAGUUGUCAUAACUCAGUUUAUUUGCUCUAGUGUUGUUUAAACUUCCAUGAUUUCUUUGUUCUUCUGAACCAAAAUGCAGAUUUGUUUAAAAUGUUUUUGUUUCUAAUGGAAGUGGAUGGUGACUGCAUCAUCAAGCGUCAGAAGCACACAGAAAGCAUCAUUUAAUAACUUAAUGCAACUUGUUCCUCUUAAAGAUAAAGCUGCUUCGAAAAGCCAUAGCAAAACUAUUAAACACCUGAAGAAGCUUCUGUUACACAAAAGAUUGUUUGUAGUGGAAAAAAGGUUCUUUAAAUUAUACAAAUGUUAGAAAGAAAUAUUUACGACCAAACCUGUUUGUUUGCCUUUAGGACUUUUGUCGUGUAAUAAGUUGUUUUAGGAAUAAACGAAGCAUAAAUCGAAACAGUUUUGUAGGACAAUGAAAACCAUUAGAGGUUGGAACAACAUGAGGGACAAAACCCUUUAAAUUCAGUAUAUAACCUAUCAAAUUCACAGUUUAGUUUUCAAGAACGAUUAAUGUUUUUAACAAUCGCAUUUUCUAACAUUUCCAGAAUUUCAUCUUUUGUACUAAAAUGCUUGAUAAAAUACUCCAAUAAAAAUAAGGAAAUAGAUUUCUUGAUAAAUAUCUAGACCUCUUAGCACAGGUAAUAAUGUGGUCUAUCUCAGGAACAGUCUUUACUGCCCUUGAGUCUGUGAUUCAACACACCGUAGACUCUGACCUGAAAAAGCCUUAAAAACAAAAUAACCUCCAAGCACUAUGUUUGUAGACGUCACGUGUCCUGAAUCUGUCUAAACUGUGUUGUUUUGUUUGUGAUGUAAUACCUCUAGUAUUUCCCUCAUGAAUACCCAUUUUUGUCUUUUGUUCAGUUAUGCAACCCAACCGUUGCCUUAAGAAAUAAUAGUUUGAUAAGAAAGCGUUGAUUUACAGGAGCUGGCAGGGUGUUCUUAAAGUCACCGAUAAUAAGAGCAUAGAAAACUGUACAGUAGAGAUGAGUCAAACAUUGUUGAUCAAUCCUUAGUUGUAUUUUAUGACUUUAUAGAUUGUUGGAACUGUUUAAAAAUGUUCAGCAGGCACUGAAAACCUUCAUCUUGAAGGAGUAUGAUGGGAUUGUAACGAAAAUGUGUGAUCGUGGUACUUUGAUUUUGUUUCGUGAUGUAUGUGUAGAUCAUUGAAAGACCCAUCAGUGUGUAUUAUGAAAUGGUGUGCGUAUGAUUAUCUAUCUAUGCAAGAAGAAAAAUAUAUAGACUUUUAUCUUGAUUAUUUCAAAAAAUAUUUUAAAGAUUUAUAAAUGUUCCUAAGGUACAGAUGGCAUUUUAAUUUUAAGUUUAAUGUUGUCAAAUUGUGCCAGUUUGUUUUUAUAUGACAUAAAAUAUUGAUUGUCUUUAUUAGAUUAAUGGAUUCAGAGGAAAUCAUUUCAACCAUGUUAAAGAAAUAUUAAAAUGUGUCUCAUUUGAAAAGAUAUAUUAUUAAUAAUGUUUAAAUUCAACUUUGCACUAUUCAAAAUAAAACAAAUCAAUAGUCUCAAAAAAAAUAAACUUCUGUCAUGAUUUUGUUUCUAAUGUAUUUUUUCCAUUGAAUACACAUAUGUAAUUGGAUGAAGGCAUCUGCCAAAUGUCUGUAAAAACAAUGGGAUUUAAAGGUAUUGUAUUGUGUUUUACAUGUUUGACCACUGGAGGGCAGCACCUGACUAUUAAACUUGAAAUGAUCCU